UAAGUUUCGAUCAGAAACAAACACAGAGUUCAUGCAUGUACGGAUGUACCUACUGAUUCAUACUAAUUCUGCUGCAGAGAGAACAAUCAUCGUCUAAAUAUUGCACAACAUGUGUGUGCCAUCUGUGUUAGAGAAUCAAGCAAUAAAAAUGGUUGAACCCAAUGUGAAAGAGUGCAUGGAAGAGCUGUUGAAGUUCACCCUUGAAUCUCACAUAAAGGGUACCCUGGUUAUCGAUCUAGCCUUGCCCACUGACUUCUGCCUCCUCAACAACCCGAAAAUAGGCACCAAUUCUACAGAGGGAGAACCCCCAUAUCCUUUAUACAAGCAACUAGCACUAGCCCUAUAUGAAUCCAUCAAUUCUAAUGCAUUUUCAGGGACACAUAGUUGGGAUCAGAGUUCACAAUUACUAGACACUCUCAAGUCUGUGGACUUUGAACUCCAUGUUCAGGAGCCCUUUUUCACACAAAUCAAAGACGGCCUAAAGACAGUCGAAGGAAGGUGCAACGUUGGUAACUAUAGUCGAAUCGGAUCAGGAGCACUGAUCCUCUUCAACAAAUGCCUGAUUGUCGAGGUUAAGGAAGUCCGAUCGUAUGAUUCGUUCUCUGAUAUGCUGAAGGCAGAGAGCCUAGAGAAAGGUCUCCCUGGUGUGAAAACCAUUGAAGAUGGUGUUCAAGUCUACAGAAGAUUCUACACUAAAGAAAUUGAAAGGUCCAAUGGUGUCAUUGCCAUAUGCAUUGAAAAAUUGCCUGCCCAACCCUAUAUGUAUUUGGCCAAGUUAUUAUCAGAAUUGGGUUAUGAUGGUAUUCAAAGCCUUCUGGAGCUCAAUUCACGUGAAUUCAGUGCAUAAAUUUGUAGCUUUAUCUGCAAUUUACUAAUGAGAAAAAAAAAGAUCUUAUCUUUUCUUUAUUUUUGUGCAAUUCUGAGGAACCAAAUAACUCAUUAGAACUGAAAGGGGAAAAAGAAAUGAAAGAAGGCCUCAGAUUAGCAUUUUGGCACAUUCCUCACGCCAACGAUAACCGAUUGUGGGAGGAAAUCCACACAAUUGCGCAAAAACGGCGUCGUUGGUUCAUGGCCUCAACGCUUCUCAUCAUCAGCGAUUACACAAUUCCAGUGACCCAAAACAACACCUUUGCAAAACCCUUUCGAUCCCAGAAGAAAGGAAAAGAAGAUCACACAUCAAUUCUAUACAAAAAAAAAUACGAAAAAAGAUUGGAUCUUUCGGAAAAUUUAGAACCCAAAGCAGCCAACUAGCCUAGGA